AUGGCCAUUGCCAAAAAAUUAGAAAAUUGCAAUCACUCAGCAACAUUUGUGCUAUCAGCAUCAAUGGACAAAGAACAACGAUCUAAAGGAAUAUUAAUUAAUUCUGAAGUAGCCAAAAGUCUUGAUAAAGCGUCAAUUAUACAUAAUGUUGUACAAGUUAUAUUCCUUCCUAUAUGCCAGCAUUCUGCCGGACCUGCUAAAUCGUUGAUUUCUAGGAUUGAGUCAUUUGUUGAGAAGUAUGAAGAUGAUUUUGUAAUUGUUUCAUUUUGAAGCAUAAUCAAGUCAUGCCCUGAAAAAAUAAUGAAUUAACUGAUUUCAGCUUUUCAAAAUAUGAAGCAUUUGAAUUUUAUAUUUCGUAAUUGAGAUUAUGAAAAAGAGUAUGGAAACAUAUAACAAUUGCCAUGGUUACCACAGAAUGAUCUGAUCGGGCGUAAAACGAAACUAUUUAUCACUCAUUGUGGGAAGAGCAUCGUCUUUGAACAUUUUGAAGCUCACUACCAUGGCGUACAUAUGCUUGCAUUUUCAAUUGCUCUUGAUGAAAUAUCAAAUGCUGCUAUUACAAAAGAAAAGGUGCAAAACAGCACUUUCAUGUUCAGCAUUAAAAAUACAUCUGCGAUUUUCCACAGUCGUCUACAAGCCCCAACACAAAGAGCAGUUAAUUGGAUAGACUUGGUGACUAAGUAUGGAUCAGAACCUUUCAGACCAGCCUCGCUAGAUAUGCCAUGGUAUUCAUAUUUUAUGGUAGACGUGUAUCUGGUCUAUAUUGUGGGAAUAGUUUUUGUUGUGUAUUCUUUUCAGUUAUUUCUUAAGUUUUAUAUUAAAGUAUGUUGUAGACAAAAGAACGCCAAAGAAAAACUACAAUAA